AUGCAUUUACCCUGCAGGUGUCCUCGCUGGCUACCCAAAGUACCGAUUGUUGCAGCAACGCUCAAUGUCACGCUUCACUGCCUUUGCGAUCGCCUCCAUUGGUUUCAAGGCAACAACCCUGGAACGCUCUUGGAUGAACACAAGGAGUCCGAUCGCGCCUUCCACCAGCAAAUGCAACGUUCCCUGCAGAAUUGUGAUGAUAAGCGCCUGUCCGACCUCCGGGCGGAUCUACGUAUGGUUAAGGCUCUCGAAGCUGUAGAAUCGUCACUCGACUAUCGAGCGGCUGAUUUUACAGAUGGCGAGCGCGGCUCGUCGUAUUUUUUCCGUUCACCGUCACCCUCGAUUCACUAG